CGAGUAGCUCUAGAAGAAGAGAUAGCUAGCGCUCAGCACACGGAGUCUCUUACUAAACAACCAACUCUAUAGGAAUCUUCACACGGAAAGAGGGUCGUAGCUACCACAAGGCGGAGUUGCUGUUGUCUCGCUGCGUAAACCACAAACCUUGCGACCUUUUUAGUGCCAGCCAACUGUCCCCUGUAUAAUAAGGGAUAUCGACUGAAAUUGUGGGAUAAAUAAUCGAGCAAUAUUAAACAAAUCCGCUGAAAGGGCUAAUUGCCCCAAAAAACCCUGCGCCCGCCAGCUAUCAGUAUGUGAUACCAUCGCAAUCACCAGACGCAUGAAUCGGGCUAACGUGCUGUCUCAACAAUGAGCAAUUAAGAUAAGCUUGAACUGACCAGCGUAGCGGUGUUGGCGUCAGUAAAUUUGCUGGCAUCUCCACGUUGCACUUUAGGACGAGAAGUACGCGAACGAAAGAAAUCCGUUUACACCUGUGUCUUUUUGGCGCCGAAAAGCCAAAAUAUCGAUAAUCGGAAGGCAAGGAAAGUCUCUCCUAGUGUUUCACUGGAUGACAACAAAUCAGUCCUGACGACUAUCGGACGGUUUUGUACUGAAACUGUAUAUGUGGAACAGCUGCAGAGGCCUAAGAGCUUACGUGUUAUACCGUCUAACAGGAGAAGACCGCACACUUAACUAAAGGCUACCGAGUGAUAUCGUUAGGUGAAUUAUUCCUAUGUUUGCAGUGGUAACAAAUGCCUGUUGAGGAGAGACGAGGCCAUAUAGAAAUAGAAGUAAAGGACUCAUUUAAGAGAUCGUGUGUUGACGAGCGAAGCUGCGAGGAGGAGCAGAUUCAGGCAGAAUACAAGCAACGUGCUUUGGAAUUGCAUCCCGACAAACAGCACCAGGAUCCCACUUCAAAACGUCACACCUUAGAAGCAUUUCAGCGACUUCAGGAGGCGCGUGAGGUUCUUCUAGAUCACGAUUUACGAACAAAAUAUGAUCGUUGGAGAAAAUCGGGACUCGCGAUACCCUUCAAACAGUACGCUAAUAUCAAGUCCACGUCACUUCAUUGGGUAACAAAGGCGAACAAGGAACUGAGCGUCACAGAUGGUUCUAUCGCGUCGCUUUCAAAAAGCGACGACAUGGACUACGCCGCUAAAAUGGGACCCGCUAGCGGCCGAAGACAGACGCUCACAGGUGGGGAAACAUCGUUGAAAUCUUGGCGUGCCCAGGGUGGCACCACAUCGGGAUCUGGAGCCCGGGCAAAUAACUCGGCGGACGAACUUCUUCGAAAGUUCCGUAACUAUGAGAUUUAGGAGACGAUGUUAUCAACGCAGGUCUCUUUAUCUUCUCCAUGGAGGAGGUAUGUUAGUUGAAGGCAUCUCCGGAGUCUAAAAUAACGCGUAUAUAUAGGUACAUGAGUCUCUAUACGCACCACAUGUGUUUUACCAUAUAAUCCAAAUCACUAUGCCAGUGGUGAUUUGGAUUAUAUGGUAUAUGGUAUUUUGGAUAUGGUAUAUGGUAUUUGGAUUAUAUUAUAUGGUAUAUGGUGGCUUUUAUGAAAUAACGUAUGUACACGCAUUAAAUGCACAGAAGCGUACGACAAAUAUGUUUCGCGAUAUCUAAAAGUCACCUAUUUGAAAAGUUCCGCAUCCAAAUGGAACUGGUAUAGCGGCCAGCCUGCAUGAUCCACAUGUUUUUACUAAUCUACUAUUUUAUGUCGUAAUGCGAAUGCUUUAUUAGGGUUACUAGGUACAGAAAAAAUGACACGAUAUGACCUUCUGCAUUUGGUUUUAUUUCAACAGCUAGCACGAGCAUCCAUAAUAUUGGCUGUAUGUCAGGUGCGAACUGGACUUUUGUUUCGCUCAAUCCGCUAGGAACGUGUAAUUAAGUUCGGGUAAAAUAAAGAUUACUGAAAUUGA